AUGUUCCAACACAGAUUAUAUCCACUCAGUUUAUUCUUUAUCCUGCUAUGUUGCUGUGUCUUCUGUAAGCCAGCUCUUGCCGAUAACAACGGCGCUCAAUUCGAGUCAAUGCAACGAUCGUCGAUUUUAUUUGGCUUGACAACAAUCAGUCGCCCAGAUUUCGUUAAUGCCAGAUGUCAUGGCCAACUGCAGAUUAUGCAAAAGGCCAUACUGCAACAACAACCGUGGGCAAUAAAAAUGUACGAUGCUGCAGGUUCCAGGGAGCCUGGCUUUGUGUUAGGCAACGGCUUAUGGCUGGGCAGCCGGAACACUUGUGAUUCCGUUAAACAGCCAGUCAAUCUCAAAAUAUCUAAACAUUUACCACACAAAAUGGAUACGAAACUAAUCACAGACAUUGCACCAUUUCCCGUUGACUUUCGUGUCGUCCAUCUCUGGCAUAACUCUACUUUGCAAAUGGAUCCAAUUUUACCAUACUAUGAACCACGCGUCUCUAUCGGCCUUUGCCUGCCAACCGCGUGCACACUUUCCGAGAUAGCCCAACUAAUGGACAUUUAUGUAGAGGAUGAGAUAUUUUUAGCGAAUGAUAUUUUUAAUUUGCGGCUACGUGUGGACAGCGUUAAGGAACUUAAAAUGCGUCCGGGCUCUUUAGCGCGUCCUUCGUUCAUCAUUUUAGCUGUGUCCUUGUUCUUGACGCUGCUACUGACAGUCGUGGCUUUAUCGCGGCGCAUGAAGAGAAAUAAUGAAACUGCUGGUAUGGUGGCUAACGGUGAUCGAAAGAAGAAGAAUAGUGCAGGUGUUGCGGUGGCGAAGCCUAAAUCGAGUGCAGAACCUUUGACUGGCAAAGGAUAUUUGGAUUGUUUUGAUGUGCUAAACAAUUUUGAAUUGCUAUUUCCAGCUGGUGAAGAUGGAGUAAUGGAUGGAAAUGUUUUAUUUCCUGGAGUGAAUGGCUUGCGUUGGUAUGGUGCAAUGUGUGUGAUUCUAUAUCAUCAGCUUUGGGUUACCUUUAUGGUGACGAGCAAUAAGUCGGAACAAUUCAAAUUCACCAAUGAUUUGGGAAAUUUUGAGGUCUUCGUGGAUUUAUUCUUCACAAUAAGUGGCUUCUUGCAGACAUAUCAUUUCUUCCGGAACAGCAGUACAAUUGAGAAAAUACGCAAAUCUGACUUAUGGAAGUGUGUGAAGCUAAUAUUCAUGUACCUAGCGCAUCGCUUGAUAAGAUUGGGCCCACUCUAUUUAAUUGUCAACUGCAUAACCGACACCGGAAGUCUUAUGAUAGACGAUCUAUCAGUUUACCAUUUUAGUUAUCGAGCGUACGAGAAAUGCGAAUUGUAUUGGUGGCGAAAUGCACUCUUCAUACAAAAUCUCUUCACUCACGAGGAUAUGUGCAUGUUUUGGACCUGGUCUUCGGCAUGUGAUAUGCAAUUUUAUUUAAUUAGCACAAUUUUGCUCUUCGUUUAUGUGAAACAACCGAAAGCGGCGCGUGUUCUUACGCUAUUCCUUGUACCAGCAAAUUUGGCGUACACCUUCUACAUCGGCCUGACCAUGAAUUUUCAAUAUUCAUUGGAAACAACCUUAACACUCUUCACCGAGCUCUACAUGCAUCCGCUGUCACGCGUCUUCGCUUACAUAAUAGGCGGUGUAGCUGGCUGGUAUUUCGUACAAAAUCAAAAGCAUCAACUCCAUGCGCGUUUCUUUCAGAAUCAAUCGUUGCAAGAGUUUCUCGGUUACUUGGCGAUUAUUGUAUUCUUCACUUGCAAUUUUACAACCUUCGCUUCGGGGCAUUCGAAUUUUUACUACGUUGCGGUGUUGGUGCUGCACCGUUUGCUGUUUUCAGCGAGUGUCUGUUGUUUGAUAUUUUCAAAAGCUGCGGGUUGCGUAAAGUGGUUCUUUGCCAUUUUGGAGAACCCAAUUUUCAAGAAAUUCAAUCAAAUCACCUAUGCUUUGUUCCUAAUGAAUCCAAUCGUUAUUCAAGUGGUGGCGGCAUUUGGCAAUGCAAGUAUCCCCUCUACACCGCUUAGAUUGUCAAUGGAUUAUCUUGCCUAUUGUGCUAUUCUCUACUUUAUUUGCACGAUUUUAACCCUGUUAUUCGAGUUGCCCUACAAAAGUAUAUCAAGACUGAUGCUGCAGCACGCCAAAGAGAAGCUUAACUGA